AUCAUCGCAAAAUGUCUGGAAGAGGGAAAACAGGAGGCAAAGCCAGAGCUAAGGCUAAGACCAGGUCUUCUCGUGCCGGGCUUCAGUUCCCAGUCGGCCGUGUCCACAGGCUGCUCCGCAAAGGGAACUACGCUCAACGCGUCGGUGCCGGAGCCCCGGUGUACCUGGCGGCCGUGCUGGAGUACCUGACCGCUGAGAUCCUGGAGCUGGCUGGAAACGCUGCCCGCGACAACAAAAAGACCCGUAUCAUCCCCCGCCAUCUGCAGCUGGCCGUCCGCAACGACGAGGAGCUCAACAAGCUGCUCGGCGGAGUGACCAUCGCUCAGGGCGGCGUGCUGCCCAACAUCCAGGCCGUCCUGCUGCCCAAGAAGACCGAGAAGCCCGCUAAGAAGUAAACAACCGAGGCUCUCUGACUGCUGGAGACCAGCCCCCCAAAAAGGCUCUUUUAAGAGCCAAACACAUUCCUGAUAAAGAGCGCUGAUUCCCACGUUGCUGUCUAUAUUAUGCACAUAAUUUGGACGUUUAUACAGCAUUGGUGUCUUUAUAUGAAGCUAUUGAUAACCUGGAUAAUUACAUAAUUUGACUUCAACUUUUUAUGUGUCAAUCCGGUUGGUGACAGACAAUUUAUUCAGCCUUUGACUGUAUUUACAGUCGAAGUAAACUGAAUGCUCAUCUCAAAGGGAAACUGUUUAAAUGCUUUGUCUUACCUGGUAACUAAAUACACCCAUUGCCAAACUAA